AAUGGCUUUGAUUAACAUUACCAACAUAGUUUUCGAUUAAGACACUGCUCUGUUUAAUAAUCCAAUUCAAAUGUAAAUCACAUUUGAAGUGAUGAGAUAAUUGGAUGAUGAAAUAGAAUGGAAGUAUUAAAUAAAAGCUUAAUAAAUUUUAGACUUAUUUAUAUUGGAUCUCCAACAAGUGAUAAAUAUGAUCAAGUACUUGAAUAAUUUUCUAUGCCUCCUUUACAAUAAGGAACAAUGUAAUUUACUUUAAUGAGUUCUGGUCCAAAUUUUGAACUGAUUCCUAGUAAAGAUGAUUUAUUUGGUGCUAGUGCUAUAAUUCUUAGUGUUAAAUAUAGAAAGCAAGAAUUCUUUAGAGUAUUUAUAUUAAUUCUAUAGUAUUAAUAGGUUGGAUACUAUGUUUAUAACACUUAUUUGGAACCAGAACUUAUUGAAAAUGAUCCUCCAUAAGUACUAAUUGAUAGAGUAUACAGACAAAUCAACACUUAAGCACCAAGAGUUACUAGAAUCAAUAUUGAUUGGGAAGGUCAAAUGGUUUAAUUAUAUGUUAAUCCUCAAUAAAAUAACCAAUCUUUCAUGUUCCAAUAAUAACCUAUUUUCAAUGAUAUUACUAAUAAUCCAGGUUAUUUAUAACAAUAAGUACCAGAUAAAACAUAAUAAUAACAAUUAUAAUAAUAGCAAUUUUCUGGCGGAUUAAAUAAUAAUAAUAACUAAUACACAGAUCUUUAAAGCAUAUUUUGA